CUUAUAUACUCUAACUAUACCAUAUUAAACCAAAUCGAAUUAUCUUUCCCAUCAUUGGUCUUUUCAUUAUAAUUUGAUGAUUUGCCGUGACUUUCAAUGCUAAGCUCAAAAUAUAUUAUUUCUUUUUAAGACAUGACGUUUGUACAAGUCAAACUUGAAUUGGGGCAUCGAGCAGAAUUUAGAGAUAAACCAACUAGUAAUGGAUUUACUCAUGAUUGGGUGGUCUUUGUAAGAGGUCCACAAGAUAAACCUAUUCAUCAUUUUGUUGAAAAAGUUGUUUUCUACCUUCAUGAAAGCUUUAAUAAACCAAGAAGAGUGGUCAGGGAACCUCCUUAUCAAAUCAAGGAGUCUGGUUAUGCCGGGUUUAUAUUACCUCUCGAGGUUUACUUCAAAAACCGAGACGAGCCCAAAAAGAUUCGGUUUGAAUAUGAUCUGUUCCUGCAUUUACAGGAUUGUCCGCCCGUCAAUCACGUCAGGUGCGAGAAAUUGACCUUCCAAAACCCCACACCAGAGUUUCAGAAAAAGUUGAUCAAAGCCGGAGGGGUAAUGGUGGCUUCCCUCACCACUUCUCCUCAGCACCAGAAUAAUCCUUCCACUUCUCUCUCCACUAAUUCGUCUUUUCAAUCCAAAAAUUCCAGCAAUCAUACAGGGGAAAGCUCACAAGUUUUACAGAAUUCCUCGCAUACUACCAUUUUAAAUAACUCGACAACCAAUUUGACAAAUAUUAACGCCUAUAACAAUAAUAACCUUGCCUGUACUGUGACCACUAUGAACCAUGGUUCCUCGCAUCCUAUCAACAACAUCAAUAAGGACAGCAAAGAUUCUGGUUCUAGUCAAAGUAGUUCAUCACAUAAUUCGACUUUUAAAUCUUGUAACAAUAAUUCCAUCGUCAAAUUAAACAGUCAAAGCUCGUCUAAAUCUCAACACGGCACUCAAAAAGGCCACGAUUAUUUCAGCGCAAAUACAUCUAAAAUUAGCUUAACUGCUUCCGGAAAGGAUUUAAAUAAUACCGAGGACAAUCUAAGCUUUACCAGCUUAUUUGGUGACCCCAUAAAACCCGGUACCAGUUUAAAUCAUAUUAAAGACUCCACCAAAUUCUCAUACCCAUCAAAUAAUCUUAAUAAUUCAAAUAGCAUCAUUAAUUCCAGCCUUAAAUCUCAUAAGAAAAAACAUAUGGACCUAGACGUGAGCUCUUUUAAUAAAGAUAAAAAACUAAACUCACAACAUGCUAAAGUUAAAAGUGAAGAUAGUAAUAUUAAUCAAGCACAGAAUUAUGCAAAUCAAUCUUCGAAAGCCAAGAAAGAACACAAAACCAAUAUUACAAAUCAUAAUAUCUCGUCUUCUUCCAUGACACAGUCCGCGAGUAAUGUGAAAAAUAGCGAUAACAAAUUAGUCAAGUCGAUAGGUAAAAACCAUCACGAUAACAAAAAUAAAACGAUAAAACAUAAAAAUGAAAAUUCCCCGCUAUUUGAUAACGAUUCCUCAGAUGCUUUCGAUGAAAUGAAAUCCCACAAAUCUAAAAAACGUCACAUAAGUAAAAUUACAAAUAACAAUUUGGAAAAUAACGGACGUCAAAUCAAGAAGCACUAUAACUCAGCAACUACUGAGAUUAUAAUCAAACCAAGCCCUAAUAUAGACCAACUUCCGAGCACAAAAAUUUCUUCGUCCACUCUCAAUUCAACAUUUAUUACAACUGCCGACGGUAAUAAUAUCAACCUCAAGGAAACAGACGAAUUCGAUUCCGAUAUUUCUUCACCCAUCAGUCACUCAGAAGAUAUUGCAAAUAUUAUAAAUUUAAAUAAUGAAUCAAAUCCGAGAAACGAUUCCAAUAUUUUUAACCAAAUCGAUGAUAUUGAUCAAAAUCCAUCAAAUCUAUUGGGUCCAAUCAAUAAUCAAAAUAAUCUAAAACAUGAAUCUGGUUAUAUGGACAAUGAAGAUACUCAAGACGACGGGGAGUUUUACAAUGGUACCAGGGACAAUGAAUUAGAUGAUCCCACAGAUGGACCGAUAUCAGACAAUCAUGCGGAAGAAGAAAGUACACCUUAUAGUUCAGAAUUUGUGGUGGAAAUGUUGAAUCUUCAGAAAGAUUUAAUGGCUCUAAGGGAUAAACAUUUAGUACAAAGGGUAGUCGAUAUAAUAGUCGAAACUAGGAAAUUUACCAUAUCACCAUCUACCUUCGAUUUUGACCUGUGCAGACUUGAUGCUCCAACCCUAGAUCGUAUCAAAAACAUAUUAUCCCUGCCUUCUUCAUCCCUUUAAAAAUAUUUAAUAAGUCAUUAUAUAAAUAAAGAUAACAUUUUUUACCAUUACCUCUUUUUACCCUAAUCUGUCAUCUUAAAAGACCAGGGAUAUUUCGCCUCAUCAGUCUUAUUUACUUUACUUUACUUUGAUAAUAUAUAUAUAUAUCAUUUUAGUUUUUAUAAAUGUCGUUUUUAGUAAUGUUGUUAAAAGUAAGAGAAAAGACAGUUUUAAAUUUAAAUCGAUUUUUUUUACAUUCAAUAUGAUUGUAAAUCCAUUUGAUGAAUAUAAUCAUUAGAUUUAAUAUUUCUAUGGUUAUUUUAAUGUUAUUUUUAAAGAUUAUAUGCACACAAUUUAAAAUAAUGAUCCAGAAUUUUCAUUCAUUCAAUAACUAUUUAUUUUUUGCAAAAUAUUCUUAAUAUUGAAAUAUAACUAAUAGAAAGGUUAUACAAGUUUAAUUAUGUGUAACAGUAUAUUUAAAAAUAUCUUAAAUCAUAUUUAUAUUUAUAUAAGAUCAUCACGGGGAUAUUUUUUAUACA